AUGUCGGGUACAAUGCGGGACAAAACGAACGACAAGCAAGGCUUCCGAUUUGCGUGGCCAUUUCCAAAGAAACCGUCGUUUCUGUAUCGGAUAAAAUCGUACAUGACGAUGAGUCUAGUUACUGCAUGCUCUAAAAUGAUGUUCUUGGGAGGUUCUAACAAGCUCAUAUGCCACAAUAAGGAUAUAUUUGUCAAACUUUUACAAAACGAGAAGCAACCACUCAUCACCGUUUCAAAUCAUCGUUCAAAUAUUGACGAUCCCUUGAUGUGGUGUAUUCUGAAGUUUCGUGAAUUUUGGCGUUACAAGGAUCGUCAUCGGUACACUCUGGCUGCUCAUAAUAUCUGUUUCACUAAGCAAUUUCACACCACAAUGUUCUCAUUAGGACGGUGCGUUCCAUGUGUCCGUGGUGAAGGAGUCUACCAGAAAGGAAUGGAUUACUGUGUGGAAAUGCUGAACGAUAAUAAAUGGGUUCAUAUAUUUCCGGAAGGAAAAGUAUGUGUCGCAGCUAAUGAACCAUUGCGAUUCAAAUGGGGAGUUGGGAGACUCAUUAUGGAUUCGACAACGGAUCCGUUGAUUCUCCCGAUUUGGUGCAAAGACAUGGAGAAAGUAUGGCCGAUUCAUCCACCUUAUUAUCCAAAGUUCGGAAAUUCUGUCGAGGUAUACAUUGGAGAGCCAUUCUCGUUGUCUGAACUCAAAAAGACUAUCUCAUCUAAAUCACUGACAACCGAAGAAAUGCGGAAGAUUAUUACUGACGAAGUACAGACUCGUAUGUAUCAACUCGGCGAAAAGAUUGGAGAUCUUCCGAAAGGAUCUGCUUUAGAAGUUCUGAGAAAGAACCGUCCAGUCGAAUAUUGA